UGGGCCCACUCCUACAAAAUCGAUCGCUCUGGAGCGUGCACGUCCUCGACCCAAGGAUCAUACAGUUUCAUCCCCUUCUAAAACCCUACUGCCGUUUUCAUCUUCCAGUAUCCUACAGGUCCACAAGCAUUUCUUGUUUUACAGGCAGAGAAAAUCAGGAGAGAGAAAGAAAAAAGUUCUGAUCAUCCUUCUUACAUACGGCCGAAGGAUGACAUCCAACGGCGGGGAUUCGUCCAGUGCCAUCAUCCGAGAGAUCGAGAGGCUGAAGGCAGAGAAGAACGUCAUCGAGAGCCGUAUAUCUCUUCUUCAGUCCCAAUUGGACGAGAUCGUAGCGAAAGAGAGCGAUCAUCCUUCUCCUCCGAAAUCCAACGACAAUAGCCUAACGCCUGCAGCGAUCUACCGAUAUAGUCGCCAGCUCCUCCUUCCUUCUUUUGGAGUCGAAGGGCAGUCAUCUCUCUUGAAAUCUUCCAUUUUGGUGGUUGGAGCUGGAGGUCUGGGCUCGCCUGCUUUACUGUAUCUCGCAGCUUGCGGUGUUGGCUGCUUAGGUAUUGUUGACAAUGAUGUUGUCGAGCUAAAUAAUCUACAUCGACAGAUUAUCCAUACUGAAGCAUACAUUGGGCAGUCAAAAGUGAAAUCUGCUGCUGCUGCUUGUCGUGCGAUUAACUCCACCAUUCAAAUAGUGGAGCACAGAGAAGCUUUGCGGCCAGCCAAUGCUUUGGAUAUAGUGAGCAAAUAUGAUGUAGUGAUAGAUGCAACAGACAAUGCUCCAAGCCGGUACAUGAUUAGUGACUGCUGUGUUGUGUUAGGAAAGCCUCUCGUGUCAGGUGCAGCACUGGGAUUGGAAGGGCAGCUCACUGUCUACAAUUAUGAUGGAGGUCCAUGCUACCGAUGCCUAUUUCCAGCUCCACCACCAACAACAGCAUGUCAGAGAUGUUCUGACAGUGGAGUUCUUGGAGUUGUUCCCGGUGUGAUUGGCUGCCUCCAAGCUCUGGAGGCUAUAAAGGUUGUGAGUGCUAUUGGCGAGCCCCUAUCUAGACGGAUGCUUCUUUUUGAUGCCUUAUCAGGACGGAUUCGUAUCGUGAAAAUUAGAGGGAGGUCUUCGCACUGUGAGGUUUGUGGGCAAGAUGCUGCAUUUACACGCCAACUGUUCCAAGAUUUUGACUAUGAGAAGUUCACUCAAUCUCCAAUGUCAACAGUGGUGCCUCCGAAGCUGAACCUUCUCCCAGAGAGUGCUCGAAUUAGCUGCAAAGAAUACAAAGAUCGAAUUGCUAAUGGGGAGGCCCAUGUAUUGGUUGAUGUACGUCCAUCACACCAUUUCAAGAUUUCUGCUCUGCCCAUGUCCUUGAACAUUCCACUGUCAAGUUUGGAGGGCAAGCUGCUGGAGAUUCAUUCGGCUUUGAAGGAACAGGAAGAAGGCAGCGGUCUGGAUUCCGGCACACGUGUGUCACUAUAUGUCAUUUGUAGGAGAGGUAAUGAUUCCCAGAGGGCCGUUCAAUACCUCCAUAAGAUGGGCCUUUCGUUAGCCCAGGAUAUCAUUGGGGGAUUGGAGUCUUGGGCCCAAGAUGUGGACCCUAGCUUUCCCACUUACUAAGAUGCAAGUUCAUCUUCAGAAUGGACCAUUCUACCUGGACUCCUUGUCUCCAAAUUUUCUUCUUGAUAGGCUUGCAAUAUUUGAUAUUUUCAAAACAUGUGGUAAAUGUAUGUAGAAAGCUUAAACAAGGAAAAGUUUCAUCUUGUUAAAAAUGUAUGGCAUUCCAAAUGGUCCGAA